UGGGCCACCACCUGGGAACUUUGAUAAAGCUUGCAACAUCUCGGAUACUUAAGGAUUAAAUGUCUUGAUUGAUGUUUUGAACCUAACAGGUGCAUGAGGUGGCUCCACAAGGGAAACACAUGAAUGCCCUAUUUCUCUGAAGAAACAGAAGAGGUGAACAAGCUUCUUAAAGCACAGAGAGGACACAAUGGCAAACUUGUGGUAUGUAAGGUGGAAGGAAACACCAAACUAAAGCCACUGAAGCUGAAAACUCAUUACUUUUGGUAAAAAUAAUGGAUUCACGAAAAGCAAAUGGUAUUUCACCAAACGAGAAUGGAAGCCAAAGAAGACCUUCAUAUUCGAUAGAGACGCCCUAUGGAUUUCAUCUGGAUCUGGACUUCUUGAAGUAUGUCGACGACAUUGAAAAAGGCAACACCAUCAGAAGGGUGCCUAUGCAGCGAAGGCAAAGGGGACGAAAUAAUGGCAUCCUGUCACGUAAUUUAAGCCUUCCAGGUUAUGGAUGUCGAACUACGCAAUGGAACACCCUCAGCACUUUUUGGCCCAAAACCCAGCCCUUCGACUUUCGCUCUAGUGACAGGAGGGCGGAACCCAUCUAUACGCCCUUAACAACAGCAGAGAUGGAUGCUAGCAUUAAGGCUUUCGAUGAGCAGCCUUUAGGAUGUUAUGUCAGGCCAAAUCUCUUGAGAGCUUCCAGUUUACCCUUGACGGUUUUACUGAGAAAACACUCAGAGUCAACCGAGGACCCAACCAGCCCCAAACAAUAUUUAGCACAGCGAAACGGUUCAUCGGAAGAUGUCUUCAAUGCAUCAUACAGCAGGACGACUGGAGCGAACGGGACCCUUCGGCGGCUCACGGCAGCUCUGGAGCGGGUUGGAGAAUUGGAAGCGGAGAUCAGAGUCAUCCCUGAGCUCAAGGCUCAGAUCUGUAUUUUGCAAGAGGAGCGAGAAAGGCUUUUACUUCAAUUGCAUUCCCAAAAUGACACCACUGGACCUUUGGAUGAUCCUACCGUUCCCUUGUGUGCAUUGAUAACUAAAGAAAAUAAAGAUCAAGCAAGUGACGAUUGGAUGAAUCGAGAAUAUGAUCGACUAGAGAAGGAUGUCAAGGACGCAGUUGUGACACCUUCAGUCACCCGCAAAACACUUCCAGAGCGAUCGCCUCAGGACGGAGACAAAACUAAAUAUCUUACUGAGACUCUACAGAAGAAAGUUGUGAUUUUGGAACAAGACCUUCAUAGACUGGAAGUAGAGCUAGACAAGAGUAGAGAUCUGCUGAAACAGCAAGUAGAGGAGAGCCAUCUCAAGGAUGAGAAGAUCAAGCAGUUGACCAUACAGCAUGAUACAGUGGCUAUACCUGAGACCAACUUGGUAACUACACUAAAUGUUGAACCUGUGCUAAAGUCAUGCGAAGCAGCAAUAGGUGAGCAAGCUCAGGAAACAACUGCAACUGAAGAUUUAAGACAACCUACAGUAUCACAUGCAGACAUGAAGUGCCAUGUUAAACAAUUGCAAAAGCUCCUUCAAGAGCAGUGGGAAUGUCUCUGCAAAGACGACAUAUCAGGAAAAACAUCUUCUGAGCAUCUGCCACCACGGGUCCGCACUAUUCAAGAGCAGUUGGUAACUUUAGUCACGGUGCUUUCACUCUAUGUGCUUCCUACUGGAGAACCAGAACCAGAAUUCAAAAUGAAAGAACUUGUUCCUGUGGUGGAGUCUGAGAACCUUAAGAGACAAAGUCUGAAGAAAAUCAGUUUAGGAGACAGUGAAAGUGUUGAGCAUAGUAAAAAAGACUUUUACCUUGAGAACAACACCAGUCAGGAAACUGACAAACCAUUGACCUCCUGGAUACUAGACCCUACAGUGCAGAAAGGAAAUAAUGAACUAAAAUACUAUCAAAAAGAUGCCAUCGAUGAAAGGACCACAGAACAGCAAGAUCUCAAUAAACAAGCAAGUCAAGACGGAGAUGGGACUGAAAUAGUAAAAGAUGAAGAGCAAAGAGUAGUAGGAGUGGACUCUGGUCAAAAAUCACAGAAGAGUGAAGAAAACAGGAACGCGGUCAAUAAAGAUUUCAUGGAUGCAUGUCAUUUCCUGAACGACCACAUGGAUAAAUUGUAUGAGCCUGAUGAUGAAACGAGCAAGGCUCUCACUGUGGUGUUCCAGCAAUGGUUUCAUGUGUCUGCUGAGGAGGACGCGCAAGCUGACAUUGUUGCUUUGUAUCUCAGUGAGGUUAAUUUACAAACACCCACAGUUCUUCCCUUCCUGGUCAACAUGGUGGAUGAUAAUGGGAAUACUGCCCUGCAUUACAGCAUAUCUCAUUCAAACUUCAGUAUUGUCAAGCACCUUUUAGACACAGGGCUGUGUAAAACAAAUCUUAGAAACAAGUCUGGGUAUACAGCUUUCACGCUGGCAUCCAUGUCAGCUGCAGAAUCUCCAGAGGACCUGCAAGUGGUUCAGCAACUGAUGGAGCUUAGUGAUAUCAACAGUCAUGUAGGCCAGGUGGGACAAACAGCCCUCCACUUGGCAGUAAGACAUGGACGCGUCCCAAUAGUUCGUCUCCUGCUGGCACAGGGAGCGGAUCCUAAUGCCCAGGACCAGGCAGGAACAACCCCAUUGAUCAGUGCAUGCGAUAGGGGGAACGCCAGCAUAGUGCGUAUUUUGUUGGAGGAAGCACACUGCGAUGUUAAUUUAAAGGACAAGGGGGGUCGCAGUGCGCUAUCUUUGGCAACACAGGCCUCUCAUACAGAGAUCGCAGAUCUUCUAAAAGCCCGCACAGAAACCAAGAGCUCAGACAAGUGCAAGGUGUCCUAGGAUGAAGCAUGGAUAUCUUAUUCCUCCCUGCCCAUUUCACUGAGCUGCAUUGAGCAUAACACUUUAUGUACAGUAACUUUUAAAAAGAUAUCGUCUCAGUAAUAUUUCAAAAUUUUGCACACUAAAAUGAGCUUGCUUGUAUGUAAAUAUGACGUUUGGUAAAACAUGAUUAUAUCUUAUUAAUCCCACCUGGAAAAGCUGCUUUUUACAACUGCUUUUGUAAUUGUUUUAGUACAAUAAAUGAAACAAUGGCAAGAA